CUGAAACUUUCCAAAGUGAAAGGAACUGGAAUUGACGAGGUGCCCUGGAAGGCAGCAGGGCUAUCGGUAAUGUAGCACUAUAAAGAUGACGGACCCGACCGCGUCUCCUGAAGACCACUGGAAACAAACAGACAGUGCCUUCAGCGACAGUGGCUUUGACCAUAGUUUCUUCACUGAAACAGCCAGAAAGGGUACAGUGGUCUCCAGGGCCAAUAGCAUUGGCUCAACAAGUGCCUCUUCAGUACCAAACACAGAUGACGAAGAUAGUGACUACAGACAUGAGACGUCAUAUAAGGACUCGUAUAAAGAUCGACGGAGACAAGCGCACUCCCAGGCUGAGCAGAAGCGUAGAGAUGCUAUCAAGAAAGGUUAUGAUGACCUCCAGGGAAUAGUUCCAACCUGUCAGCAGCAGUCUGACAUUGCAGUGGGAGCACAGAAAAUUAGCAAAGCAACCAUUCUGCAGAAAACAAUUGACUACAUCCAUUUUCUUCAUAAAGAAAAGAAGAAGCAAGAGGAGGAAGUUUCUGUAUUAAGAAAAGAAGUGAUGGCGUUGAAGAUCAUGAAAACGAACUACGAGCACAUAGUGAAUGCCCACCAGAACAACCCACAGCAGGGAGAAGAUCAGGUGUCUGACCAGGUCAAGUUCAACAUCUUUCAGAGCAUCAUGGACUCUCUGUUCCUGUCUUUCAACAACUCUGUGUCAGUGAACAGCUUCCAGGAGCUCUCCGCCUGUGUUUUCAGCUGGAUCGAGGAGCACUGCAAGCCACAGACACUGAGGGAGUUUGUGGUUGGCGUGCUCCAACAGCUCAGCGGUCAGCUGUAUUGAUCGGGUGAAACCUCUGGACUCAGCUCCCAGUUAUUGGGGCUUGCUCUGGCCUCUCAGGGUGGAGACUGCUAUCAGCCUCAGGCCACACCACAGCAUCUACACUCACUUCAGCUCCUCUGUGACUCCUUGGCUGCAAUUGAAUUACCUCAACCCCCACGGUGGGCAGAGAUUAAAAGCUGCAUUGGAUUGUUUGAGAUAACAUUCUGAUUGUACGUGUACAUACACAGAGUCUAAGCCUCAUCCGCCUCAGCGGACGAUUCAUACUUCUUGUUGUUUUGCUAAGAAGCUCAUGAGGAAACGGCGCUCAGGAGUCAAAACAACUGUACGUUUGCAAACCAAUGUGUCGUGUUAAAUGCAUUAAGCUUUUACUUUAUUUUAGUUUUAGUUUUUUUUUUUACGGUAACUGCCUGAGUUAAAUGAUGGUAUUUGUUCUGCAGCCUGUUAAUUUAACAAAAUGGAAAUAGUGAGAAGCGCGAGUACACACCGCUCUCUGCCCCAUCGAGCACAAGUUUUUUUUCACGCUGAACCAAAAGGUUCCUCUCAUCCACACCACUCCUGAACCACAGCAGACAAUGGAGAAUUCUCCACCACUACUGUUCUACUGCAGGGUACCUGUCCCCUCUCCUAACUGUGCUCUCAGGCCGUUUUUUUUAUUUCUAGCCUUAGUGACACGGACUGUGAAGUUUUUAUCAAAGCGGCUGUGACGAGCCAAAGAUGCUGCGAUGUCACGGUUGGCAGGUGUGUAAUGAGGCAGCAUACAGGUCCGACCUGUGUAUCCGUGUUUAUAUUCAGUCUAUGGACUUCACUGCACACUGUGAAGAGAUUCUCUUUAUUUACAGUUAUUCAGUUGCAGAUAUACAUGUUUAUUCUGAAGAUGAUUUUAAAUACAAAGUGUUGAUUUCUUUGAUUUUCAUACCAUCAUGUUAAAUUCUGUUUAUCUUGGGUGACAGUGGCUUUUGUGCUUAGUAACAGUUCAGUAGAAAUUAUGUUAUAGCCUCUGUCUGUGAUUAAAGAAAUGUUUUGAUUAUCCAGGACUGUUCUUAACGUCCAGUCCCAGGAGAGAUUGUGAACAGACCAAAGCACAGAUCUACAGACAAUCUGCACUGAAUGAAAACAGUUGAGAUGACAAUCUCAUUUUGAGACAGUUUUGUUUCUGUACUUGCUUUUCUCUUGCUUUACUCACAGGGAAACAGAUUUCUGGUUGUUUUUUUUUCAGUGGUUAAAAGCCAUCUACACUCACAGGUGACUUCAAGAGGUUUGCCUCUCAAAACACUAGCUCAGCCUUUACUUAAAAUAAUAAUUUUGAUGAUAAGGGAGGGUAUUGAUUUAAAUAAAUGUUUAUCAUUGAGGCUGUAGUUGGCAUUGGUGUUGAACCGAGGUAAUAUUAGGUGUUUGUACUUUAACAUGUUUAAACACAGUCCAGUGCAACACCAUAACCACUAUGCAUUAAGAAAACAAGUUAAAAUAAUAUCUCUAAUUCAAAUAAGCUGCAACCAUUUUCAGCCAAUUCUGGUCCCUCUAAAUAUGAUUCUUUUUCCCAUCAAAAUCCAGGAGGAAAGAAAAACUGCUGGAUCUGCCUGUUUGUCUGGAUAUGAGCCAAAAUUCAGUGGCGUCUUUCAAGUUCAUACAUAUUUUAUAAAGUUUUGUGGAAAUAUUUUGUCCUGCUUAUUUUUUAAGUUUAACCGACUGGGUUGAAAAUAUAACCUCCUUGGUAAUUUUUUUUUUGAAUUCAUGGCUGCACUGUUGUAUUGGAUGGCAUAAGAUUUUACAAGUGCACCCAAUAAAGUGGCCACCCCUUGUAUAUGACCAUUCACGAGUGUUGUCAACCUGUAAAUAAAAAGGUGUUUGACCAAAGUGCAAUUUGAAAAUAAAGUGAGCAGGAAAACA